AUGGAUAAGCACGGAGUUCCGCUUGGCACACUCAGGGACUGCUUUGAGUUCCUGCAGUGGUUGCAUGAUGAUAGUCGUAUGCAACACCGGGUGGCCACAGAACUGGUUAGACGUUAUGGAAAUUCUUAUAAUCGUAUUUUGUUUACGGGCAAGCUGCCAGCUGAUGUCUCCGAAUUCCUCGAACGCGCGUCCACGUUCUAUAAGAAAUUAGUAGCUACACCAAUUGAGAAAAGUUAUGUCAAUCCGAGAGCAAACGAUGUCACCGAUGCGCUUCUAGAGUGUAUGCCCAAGUUCCUCGCCGCUUUGUAUUUUUUGCUCUACAAUGUGGAUAGAUGGUUCGAAGCAGUGGGAGGAGGGAAGUGGAGGUAUAAUUAUCCUGGGUGGGAGACUACUUGGGUGAGAUAUCUGUGGGAUAGAGAGUGGGGUGGUGAACUGCAGAAUUAUCUCAGGGUGUCACAGAGCGUUAAAUACGGUGACAUCAUACCAGGUGGAUUCGGCCCCGGAGAGGUGACGUAUGGUUAUGACUAUGGUUCUCGCUAUGGUUACUGGUACGGUGAGAGCAUGGUAGAUGACCUACAGAAGAUUUUGUACAAACAUAAUGAUAAGUACAAUUAUUUCCGGGACGUAUUUUUUACAACAGUCAUUUCUAAAUCCGGCUUACAGAAAUCGAACACUGCGAACGUUCUUGCAUUGGUGAGAACGUUUUGCCAAAUCGUAAUUUCGGUAAAGAACUCUGACGUCGGUAAGUUGACAAAAGCUUUGGAAAGGGAGUUAAAAGACAAAUGUAUAGAUUGGCAAGAAUUAAAACAGCAUUGCAAAACUCUCGAGCAGCAACUUGGAAAGUUGUUCAAUAUCGAAGGCUUUUCCUUCACCGGCCAGGCGCGGAGUGUUAAUGAGCUUAACACUGAUACAUUUGCGGGGGAGACAGCGGUAUGGUUUAGAAAUAAUUUGCACGAAGUUCAAAAGAAUGUGAAACACAUAAAAACAAGGUUCCCAGUCGACGACACUCUACAUUUGUAUUAUCUUCAGCCAUUUGCAACAGAAAACAUAUUCCCCUACGGUUUUAUAUUUGGUGACCAAGGCUAUGGAACGAUGGGCGACGCGUGGAAGACGCUGUCAGAUCAUUGGGACAGUGUCAUAGAUAUGCUUGGCAAAGAUCGCGACGGCUUGGAUAAGUUAAAAAGAAUUCUAGAUGGUGAGCCGUGCCGUCCGUCGGCUCCGCCUCCAAAAUCACGACCCAGGCCGGCGCCUGCGCCCAGGCCUUCGAGGACUGGCAGACCUGUGCCUACACAAGGGGCUUCCAGAACUUCGGUUGUAAGGACAACCGGCCCAAGCAGUCUUGGAGGUUCGUUGUCUAGUGGGAAUUAUGGUUCUGGUGCGAGAGGAGUGGGAGGGCAUAACCGUAGAAGCAUGAUCCAAGUUAGAGGAAGGGGGCAAAACAGGGGAGCGGGACCGGGGGCUCAGAGAGACAGAGGAGGCCCGGGGCCUCGAGGUGCUGUAGGCGCUCCAGGUGCCAGGGGAACACAUAGAGGCAGAAGUGCAGGGCGUACGGCAUCUACUAAGCCCCAACACACACAAUCUCAAAAUGAUCUCCAGUCUGGUCCUCCCCCGCCUCCUCCCCCUCUUCCUGGAGGCCCUGGCAUCCCUGAGUCCACUAGUCAGCCAGGUCCCCCGGUUCAGGGUUCGCCGGAAGAUGCUUCUUCAGGUUCACAGCCUGGUUCCCCUCAAGUCAAGGGGCCUCCUCAGCCUCCGAGUGUUACAAGUUCAGGCACUGGGCCAACUGGUGGUCAGGGGGCUGGGAAAGUUGGCAGUGGAGGGGCUGGUCAACAAAUUACUCAACGAACAAGUCACGACUCUGGUCAAACGCCAAGCGGCAACACUACUACGUCGGGUGCCUCGCAGCCUGGUGGAGGUGGGAGUGAUCAGCUGGAUCCUGCUACGGUUAAACUCAAAAAUCAGUUGGAUGAGUAUGGUAGACGGCAACUAGAGAAGAAGAAUAGGGAUAUUGAAGGUUUACGGGUAUCCUUGGACCGUGCGCUGCAGAACGCUGAGCAAAAGCAGCAAGAGAGAGAAAGAAAACAAAAUGCCCAGCGUUCAAAUAUAGGACGCCGACAGUAUUACAUUCCGAAAGAUUUGAAUGGACGGCCGCAUUAUGAUGCGGAUUCCUCUGACGUGCUUGUCCUCGAUGGCAAGGACGUUUCCAAUGAAGCAUUGCGUGACCCCGGAAUUGAAUGGGAGCUAAAGCAUAGAAAUGAAUGGAAAUUGGCGGAACAAUGGGUGAAGGAGACUGCAAAAAAAGAGCAAGCGAAAUUUCAAAGGAACUUAAGAGAUACGCAGCAUAAAGUAUGGAAUCAACUUAAGGAUGACUGGAUACACCAGGAGUUUCAGGACGACGACCUUGGGCACGUCGUCGUACCUUACAUACAUACGUCGAUGCCACUUCCGGAUCCGGAGUAUCCGGACCCGUUAGCACCCAAAGCUUUGUCACUGUCAGGAUCAGUCAUUGAUUCGCCGCCUCCUGAGACAGAUGACCCAGUGCCGCCGCCAACUGGUGACCAAUACGACUGGGACAUCGAAGUUGUACAACCGCAUCCAGACGCAGUGGAGAGCGCACUUAUAGGCAUAGAUCCGUAUUCUGACGUGAAAGACGAUGGACUGGUAUUCGAAAAAAUUGAUCGCCAAUCUGAUGCCAAACAAGAUUAUGUCGACCUCCACAUUGAUGUCCGCAAGCCCAUUGUUCAAGACCCUGUCGACAACCCGUAUGAUGACCCUUAUGCCAAUAUGGAGGAUAUCGUGCGAGACGAGUUGAAAACUUCGGCACAGCAAUAUGGUGAAGACAAAGGAUUUUCUGCCCUGCCCAAGAGUAAUUUAAACCUCGAAUUUACUCCAUCAUUUUUAAAAUCCGAUGGGGAUCAUGAUCCUGGUAUUCCCCGCGAUACUCCAAGGAAGCCAUAUGACCACAACAUUCCUGUGUUCCCUGACUCCGGAGUAUGCCGCAACCCCUGGUACGUUUCCGAUUCCUUUACCACUACCAUAACUCCACCCUCCCCGCCCCCAGACACGGACCAUCUGCCCCCGCCAGACACCGUCAGGGAAAUGCUCCACUGGAUGGUUGGAUUGAAUCAAUAUGGGUAUGUUGCGAUUAUUAAAAAGCAUAUUGAAGACCUUUUGAGGGAGCUUAACGAGGAUGCCUCACAGCUCUCAGAUGCCCUCGAGGUCACUGGGGAUCCCACUCAGCUGACCGCUUCCCAUAUCUCCAACACUCUGACACAGGCGUGUCUCUACUCUGCCAGCGUUCUCCACAGGAUUAGGUAUAAAGACAUUUCGACAGCUGUUUCAACCCUUGACUUCAGCUCAGAAUAUUCCAAGCUUUAUUAUGCCUCGGACCCCGCCCGCCUCCUCUGCCAGCUGCGGGACUACGUCUACGCCUGCUAUCACCAGCUGGCGUUCCUGAGGUCACAGUGUUCUCGAGGGGAAUCUGAUGGUGGCUGGCAGGAUUAUAAGUAUGGAAAUGGUGCCAAAAUUCCGUCCCCCCUCCAGGCCUUCCUGACUGACGGCCCCGACUCCAAGUUCCAGACUCAUCCCUUCGACUCGUGCAACAUCUGCCGCAAGAGCCGUGUCAACAUGGGAUUCAAGCACAGUGAUUUGCCUGUAUCUCAGCAAACUGGCAACAUUCUUCUCACCAUCCUCACUCCCACCUGCGGCGGCGAGGAUCCCCUGCUGACGCUGUGCUCUUACCUCAACUGCAUCACCAGGCGGACGCCGCGCACCGCCGGGGAGCUUGCCUCGUUCUUCCACAAUUUCGGGAAUGAGCUUCAUGAUGUCUCUCAAGUUGUCUCCACUGGGCUCCGCCCUCUCCGAGCCACAUCGACACUGCCCCGACUGGGACCACCUUGCUGCCGACGACCUCAAUGCCAUCCAGUACAUCCGGGGCCCCGCCCCUCCCACCUCCAACCACGACAAGGACCAUCCCAAGACCCUGUCCGCAAUAAUUGGCUGCGGCAUCGAUAA